CUUUCAACAACAUUUACGUUUUAAAAGACACACUGCUUCAGCCUUGCUCUAAAAUCACUGAACUGGCUUUAGUUGGCAAUGUCAUGACCGACCCCUCUGAGAAUUCACUCAGACCAUUGAAUCAGCUCAUGCAACGGAAAUGAACGCCUACCAGUAUCACUGCUCCUUUCCUCCGAGUAAACAGGGAACCAGGUUGCUGGACUUUGACAUCCAGUCCUGCUGGAUGGACGUUAGCUUCCUCUGCUUCGUUUCCAGCACUUGUCUGGUUGUGCUAACUCUCCUCGCAUCCUUCAUCUACCACUUUCUGAGAUGGCAGCUGGCCUACGCCUUCUACCUCUUCCUGGCCUUCGUCUAUGACAACAGGAAGAGGAAGAAGGGAGCUCCUCACCACUACGACGCCUUCAUCUCCUACAACGUUCACGACGAGGACUGGGUUUACAGAGAGAUGCUUCCAGUGCUGGAAGGAGAGCAGGGCUGGAGACUGUGUCUGCACCACAGAGACUUCCAACCAGGUAAGGCCAUCAUAGAGAACAUUACAGAUGCCAUCUAUGGCAGCAGGAAGACCAUCUGUGUGAUCAGCCGGCGCUACCUGCAGAGCGAGUGGUGCUCCAGAGAGAUCCAGAUGGCCAGAACCUCCACUGGCUCCCUGUCCAACAACAGAUCCAAUUUAAAGUCCUUCUCCUCACUCACAAAGCCCUCCACAACCAGGCCCCCUCCCACCUUGCAGACCUGCUCCAUCUCCACACUCCUUCCCAAAGCCUCCGAUCUUCUGAUGCCAACCUCCUGUCUCCACCACUGAGGACCAAGCAUCUUACCUGGGGCGACAGAGCCUUCUCCAUUGCUGCCCCCUCCCUCUGGAACUCUCUCCCCAAAGACAUCAGAGACUCUACUGAGUCAUCCAACUUCAAAUCACUGAUCAACACCCAUCUCUUCAGAACUGCCUUUAAUGAUUUUAAUUAUUAAUUCAUUGUUGAGUGUUGUAGAUAAAGCUAUAAUUUUUUUGUUUUGUUCUUAUUACCUUUUUCUUUUCCUUUUUAACUCACGUGAAAUGUCUUGAGUUUCCUGAAAAGCGCUCUUUAAAUUAAAUGUAUUAUUAUUAGAUUCAAAAGUCACCAAAUACGGUGUUUCUUUCAGCCUGUUUGAGGUUGUUUUAGGUUGUUUUAAUGUAUUGUGUGUGUGCUUAGUUCUACUCAAAAAUAAUCUUUAUUAUCUUCAAUGAAUGUCGUCUAUUACAUUACAAGCAAUAACAAAAUAUUUUCAUUCCUGAUCAUCACCGAAAUCUGUAAAAAAAAAAAAAAAAAAAAAAAAAAAAAAUAGAUGAAUCUGGUCUCAGUGUGUGUUUCAGCUGGAUUAAAGCGGCCGUGUGCUGGACUGUAUACUCAUUAUGUUUGUGUUUCACUGGUGACCAAGGUCAUUUCAACAAAACAGUAAAUGAUUGAUACACAUAUCCAACAAGUCUAUUCUGUUAAACUUUAACAUAUACUGUGCUAUCACUACAUUUCACCUUCAUU